AUGCUCAAAAAAAUCAAAAAUAACAAUGGCAUGCACGACAUAAGGCACAAUAUAAACAUGAUGUCCAUGAUGAAAGCAGGACACCUGAGGGUAGUCCUAAAGAAAAACACUAAAGAAGAGGAAUCCAUUACACAGGUUUUAUUACAGGCGGUUGGGGAAAACGCAGAAUCCUUUGAGCUAAAAGAUUCCUCUCAGGUACUUAUAAGCGAUAUUGACGAGGACGCCUCAAACGAAGAAAUUAUAUCUGCUAUGGUGGCAAAGUUAGGAUCCACGUAA